AUGACUUCGUACCUAAUCUAUUCGGCCGUGUCGUCAACGAGAUCAAGUAGCGACAAGAACCUUUGCCACUGUCAGACAUGCACAUUGGAACGACAACAAGUCAACAAGACUUCAUGCAACCGCCUGAUGAACCAGUUGAUCCGGCCAAAGUUUGUAUUCCUCGUGGCAGGCUGGUUGGCAGUCGCAUUCCUGGCAUAUCAAGUUUCUUUUGCUGAAGCUCCAAAACAGCAUUGGGAUCCUUAUGAGAUUCUUGGUAUCAGCGAGGGUGCCACGUUGCCUGAGAUCAAAAAGGUGUACAAGAAGCUGUCAUUGAUCUAUCAUCCUGAUAAAGCACAGCCUGGUACCGAGAAGGAGUCUGAGGAGCAAUUUAUUCAAAUCAGCAAGGCGUAUCAAGUAUUGACUGAUGAAGAUGUCCGCAAGAAUUACGAGCAAUACGGCCAUCCUGAUGGCAAGCAGACGUAUUCUGUGGGCGUAGCACUACCAAAGAAAUUGGUUGAAUCAGGAAGCAGCAGCUGGGUCUUGGCCUUUUACGCAUGCAUCUUCGGAUUUGGUUUACCCUUUUACACUGCUCGUUGGUGGUAUAACUCCCGGAGACACACCAAGGACAAGAUCUUGAAUGCUUCUAUGCGUGUUUUUGUCAAGGAAUUAAAAGAGGAUACGGAUUUCAAAGCUUUAUUGAAUAUCUUGGCUGGUGCACAUGAGUUCAAAGAAAAUUUAUCCGUGCAAGCUAAUGAACAAGAGGCUCUCAAAGCUAUUGACAAUGUUAUCGUUGACGAAUUGGAGCACCGAUUUGGCGAGCGAUUUGAGCGUGCAGUAUCGCCCAAGGAUCGUCACAAGGCACGAAGUCUUUUGUAUGCUUAUUUCCUCCGUAUCGAUAUCAACAAAGCUUGCCCUUCUCAUGCCAAAACCUUGUUACGAGAACAACAAUACAUUGUGGAACGAUCCAUUCAUCUCCUUCAAGGAUUGCUUCAAAUUGCUAUCGUCAAGCAAUGGUUGAGCGUUACGUCGUGUAUCAUGGAAAUGCAACAGGAGCUUUUGCAAGCCAUUUACCCUGGCGAAUCGUCCGUAAAGCAGCUUCCUCAUGUCACCACCUCUUUAUUGCGUCGUUAUUAUCGCUCUAAAAAGAAGCACAUCCACUCUGCCAAGCAAGUAUUGUCUCUCAGCGAAUCAGAACGCAAGAACUUCCUUGAGGGUCUCUCGAAUGAACAAUCGCUUGACGUCGUUGAGGUUGCCAACCGUAUCCCACAAUUGACUGUUUCUAAAGCCGUACUUAAAGUGGUGGGAGACAAGAUCGUUACUCCUGGUGCAAUUGUCACGCUUGUGUUGAAAUUGAGAAACGGCAAUGCUACUAUCAAAGAAAAUGAGGAUGAAGCUGACGACGAGGAUGAGAAUGACGAUCAAGAAGAGCUGUUGGAUGAGGGAGGAAAGGCCAAAUCAAACGACAAGAACGGCACAUUACCUUUUGCUCAUGCACCUUACUACCCAGGGGAGAAAAAACCAUACUGGUGGAUUUUCCUUGGUGAUCCAAAAGUGAAUCGUAUAUUAUAUGCUCCCAAGAAGGUCACGGAUGUCACAGAAGAGCAGACUGUUCAAAUCUCAUUCCCAGGACCACCCAAACCAGGAACAUACACCUUUUCGAUUUAUGUCAAAUCUGAUACAUACGUUGGCACCGAUAUUAUGCACGAUAUCAAGUUGAGAAUCCAUGACAAAGCUGAUUUACCACCAGAAGAAGAAGUCGAUGAUAGUAUAUCAGAUCCUGAGGAGGAUUCGAUUGCAGGUCAAAUGAAGUUAAUGCGUGAACAAGGACUUGCUGGUGCAUUGGCUGGUGGAAACGCUCAAAAUAAGGCUGCGAAGCCAGCUGAUGAUGAUAGUGAUUCAGAUAGUAGUGACGACGAAUAA